AAGUUUCAAUCUAUCACGUGAAACUGUUUAUAUUUCCUUGUUCGAUCGUUUCAUUGCCACAGUGUUGCGAUGGCUGGUCGAAAGGGAAACUUCCUAGUUUUGAUUCUUUGGAUGUUGGGUUUAGCAAUUGCUACCCAGGAAUCUAGGACACUCACAGACUCAAUUCCAGCUGGAGACCCAAGAAGAUGUUACUCAAUCUUAAACGACAAAAACUUGAAAAGAUACGAAAGUCUACCAGGGAAUGGAUGGGAUAACUUAAUGAAUAAAGAUGCCGGGAUUGUUGUAAAUUUCAAUUUCUCAAAAUGUAAAACCACAGACGAUGGUCGUUACAUUGUGCCAGAUACGAUCUACACCAUACCUAUCAAAUCAAGCAGAGUUGAGACAUAUGCAGAACUUUUUGAUCACUGGUCGAAUUAUACAUCAACAACUUCACGAUCUAUAAAUGUUGGUGCCGGCCUUACUUUAACUCAUUUUGGAAUAAGUGGUAAAUUUUCAUCCGAAUCAGAAAGUAUAAAAUCCCACCAAGUGGAUGACAAGUCCACAACAACACGUGUUCAAGUACGUUAUGUGCGUUACACAGCUAAACUCCAGCCUGACACUCCGUUACACCCAACAUUUAAAUCUCGUCUGCUAAGCAUUGCAGCACACAUUCAGUUGAACAACACAAACAUGGCCACAUAUGAAAGUGAACUGUUAGUGAGAGACUUUGGUACACAUGUUGUUACAAGUGUAGAUGCUGGAGCAGCCUUGGUACAAGUCGAUGAAAUUAAAUCAACAUUUAGUCGAGACUACAGUUCGUCAAAGAGUAAAAUUUCUGCUUCGGCUAGCGCCUCGUUUUUCAGUGUAUUUAAAAUAAGCUCUAGUUAUGCGCACCAAACAACAAAGGAAAUGAUCGAUCAGUAUUUAGGAAACAGGUCUCAUUCGAGAGUGGAAACAUAUGGCGGUCCAAUAUUCAAACCAGUUAAUUUUAGUUUAAAUGACUGGGGAGAUAAAAUCGGUGAUGAUCUGGUCCCCCUUGAUCGUGCCGGUGAUCCGUUGUUCUUUCUGAUAACACCAUAUUCUCUGCCAGAACUACCAAAUUCUGUAGUUUACAAACUUAUCCAGUCUGUCAAAACUGCUAUUGAAAUGUACUAUAAAUUCAAUAUAUACCGAGGAUGUACAAACACUGAUUCUCCAAAUUUUAGCUUCCAAGCAAAUGUUGAUGAUGGUACUUGCAAGGCUCCAUCAACAAAUUUCACAUUUGGUGGUGUUUACCAAAAAUGCAACAGAAAUGGAGGACUGUCUAAAAAUCUUUGCAGUGGUUUAGACCAAAAGAAUCCUUUGACCGGAGAUUAUUCAUGUCCACCGAACUAUGAAGCCGUAUUGAUACAAGAAUCUACCAGAUCUUCAUCUGAAUCAGUUCACAAAUGCCACAGAUGUUGGGUAUUCGCACACUGUUGCAAUGACCAUACUGUUUAUGGAAGCGCGACUUAUUCUGCAUACUGGUGCGUGGCUAGAGGUAGCGUUCCAGAACAAUCGGGAUUUUUAUUCGGUGGUCUUUAUACAAAUACAGUGAGUAACCCCGUAACACGUUCUAAGCAGUGUCCGCUAUAUUUUUAUCCACUAAACAUUGGAAAUGACAUGAAAGUUUGUGUCAGUGAUGAUUAUGAGCUGGGAUAUGAAUUUUCUGUUCCGUUUGCUGGUUUCUAUAGCUGUAGGUCUGGUAAUCCUCUAAUGAUUGGAUCAAAGUCGGACAGCAAUUUAUUAAAAUCUGCUCACACAUUAGACUCAUAUCUCACACUGUCUGGAUCGGGACAAUGGCCAAAAGGAUGUCCAAAAGGUUACAGUCAGCAUCUGGCCACAGUAGAAAAUAGCUGCGAAAUAAACUACUGCGUUAAAGCUGACGCGUUUUCGCCACGUGGACUGCCGCCGGUUCGUCAGCCUCCAUUCAUGGAAAUACCUGCUGAAGGAUUCACGGACAGUUCGUCAUACUCUAUUAGUGACGAUGGACUUAUUUGGAAAAUAAUGACGCCCGAGGAAGCGGACACAAGUAAUAGUGAAAGUAUUUCCAAUUCCGAUUCCGAAUCGUCAGAAAAUCCUGGACUUUCUAAAGGAGUUGUGGCUGGGAUUUCCAUCAUAGCAACAAUCGCCUGUAUCGUAGCAGCAUCGGCAAUUAUCGUCAAAUGUCGAAAGUAUAAGAGUCUGUAUCGUCCACUCAAAAUGUCUGCUCCUCUUUAUAGAGAGAAAACUACUAACAGUCCUAGCCGAGUCCAAUACGGUUCACAGAACGAACAUCAAACGGAAAUUCUAGUAGAAACAUAGACAAUAUUGUGUGUGGUUGUGCAAAAUGCAAAUGCAAAUGCUCCCAAAACUAUGGUAUGUUAUAGGAAAGGACAAAUGUGUUAGUAAUCAGUCCGAUGAAUUUGUUGAAAAUGAUGGAAAUAGGUUUGCAUAUGUUUUUUUUUAUUAUUUCAAAAGUUAUUGCAAAUUCUGACAAAGCUUAGUUACAAAUAAAAACUUCGCUCGUUA